CGAAGUUGGUAGUACUUGCCCAGGGGGUACCUUGAAAUUGGGGCACUAAAAGUUGGUCAGUCACACGUCAUUCCGUCGUUAGUCCUCGACGUUCCUAGUCGAUCUCUGAUUUCGUCAGUUUCUGUACGAUCUGACUGCGGAAUCUUCGAUUUUACGACAUAAUCAUAGUUUCCCGUGAUCCUGAAGCACAUUUUGCUGCGUUUUUUUGACGAUAAUAAGCAGACGUUAAUUUGGAGACAUGGAUGAAGACUGGGAAGACGAGCCUACUUUUGAUCCGCCAAUGGCACCCUCGUCGUUCGGUGGGGGAACCAACUACAGCCGAGGACGUGGUUACUCAGCCCCUCCACAAUCAGACGACUGGACCACGGGUCAGAAGACCGAAUCAUCCGGCUUCGGCGUCGGCGGCGACAACUGGGAGGCCGACAAUAAAGACGACAACGGCGGUGAUGCAGGCGAUUGGGAUCGUGGAGAGCGAGGGCGAGGACGUGGACGUGGACGUGGACAUGGACAGGGUCGUGGACAUGGGGGCCGUCAUGGUAACGGUAACGGUGAAGAACGUCGUCGUCGUAAUGACAACGGUGAGAAUGGCUACGACAACAGGCGUCGGAAUCCAAGUGGAAAUGAUGAUUUUGGAGAGGAAAAUGGAAAAAAUGGGGAAAAUGGUGAGGAGAAGAAGCCACCAGUGACGUAUAUUCCCCCCGAGCGUUCUGAGGACGACAUGUUCAUACCCCAGAACACAGCUGGAAUAAAUUUCGACAACUACAACCACAUUGAGGUGAAAAUAACAGGAGACGAUCCAGUGCCACCAGUCCAGAACUUCGAUGAGCUCAAUCUGAGGAAAAUCCUCAUGGACAACAUUAAAAAAUCUGGGUACAGCAAGGCGACACCAGUGCAGAAGCACGCAAUUCCAAAUAUUCUGAGUGGUCGAGAUCUGAUGGCCUGCGCCCAGACCGGAUCAGGAAAGACAGCGGCCUUUCUGAUCCCCAUAAUUCAGCAGCUCCUGGCCGAGCCCCAAGAGAGAAUUCUCACUGAUCGUGGCUGCCAACCCCAAGUGGUGAUUCUCUCACCAACUCGAGAACUGACUGAUCAGAUCUAUGGUGAGGCGUUGAAAUUCUCCAAGGACACAGUGAUCAAGUGUGCAGCUGUCUAUGGAGGAGUCAAGACAAUUUAUCAGGGCGACAGACUUCGUAGUGGAGUGGAUAUUGUGGUGGCCACACCCGGCAGGCUAAAGGACUUCCUCGAUCGUGGAAGGAUCAACUUCUCGUCCAUUAGAUUUGUGGUGCUGGAUGAAGCCGACAGAAUGCUGGAUCAGGGAUUUUUGCCUGACAUGGAGAAGAUUCUGAAUCAUACAUCGAUGGUGCCCAUUGGGGAGAGACAGACUCUCAUGUUCUCCGCCACUUUCAGUUUCGAGGUGCAGAGACUCUGUGGGAAGUACUUGAGUAAGUACUUGUUCUUGACUGUUGGUAUCGUUGGAGGAGCUGCCAAGGACGUCGCUCAAAUGAUUUAUGAGGUCGAAAAGAAAGAUAAAAAAGCGAAGCUAAAGGAAAUUCUGGAGGAGCACAAGGAUGAUCUGAUGAAACCGGGCCCUGAUUGUCCUGUGAAGAUACUGAUCUUCGUGGAGACCAAGAGGGGUACAGAUUUUAUUGCUGCUUAUCUGUGCGAGUAUGACUUUCCCAGUACCAGCAUCCACGGGGAUAGACUCCAGAUGGAGAGGGAACUGGCGAUCUCUUAUUUUCGAACUGGGAAGAAGCCCAUUCUCGUUGCAACUUCGGUGGCUGCCAGGGGAUUAGACAUUAAGAAUAUCACUCAUGUGAUCAAUUAUGAUUUGCCCAAUGCAGUUGAUGAGUAUGUGCAUAGGAUUGGACGCACUGGACGUGUAGGGAAUCAGGGGAAGGCGUACAGCUUCUACGACCCAUCGCGUGAUGCUCCUAUAAGGCAAGACCUUGUGCAGAUUCUGACUAAUGCUGAUCAACCUAUUCCUGACUUCUUAGGAGAAGGAUAUUGUGGAGAUUCUAGAGUUGGCGAUGCCUUUGGGGGAUAUGAUAUUCGUGGUGGAGGAGAUGGCGGUGCAAACGAGCCAGAGGAGAUCUGGUAAACCCGCUCAUCACCAGUCACAUAUUUCAUUAGAUAUUUAUUUUCUUCGACAAGACUUUUUGACGUUUAAUUCCAAGUUAACAGAAAGAUUUUCUCGCACAGACCUCUUUUGGCGGAAUCAACGACGGAUUUUAAAUAUCAAUAAUGUAUUAUGGGCAUUAAAGACUAGUUAACUAACCUUAAUAAAUAACGGAUAGAAUUAUCAAAAAUAAUUUUUAUCCAUAAAAUGAUUUCAUGAAAUAAUAAGAUAAGGAUUCAAAUAAAAAUAUAACGAUUAAGUGAUUCAUUUUCUAAAAUGAAUUAAAACAUUUGAUGUAAAAACAUUAUUUCGGUAAUAAAUGACUUUAAAAAUCGUCAA